GCAUACUUUACAGGUUUAGAAAUAUCAUACGUGUGUCUAGUGUGAUAAAAUAAUCAUUACAUGGUAUGAUUAAACGAUAAAUUGUUAUAAUCAAGAGUGGUCAUGUUUUUAACGCAAUUAUUUGAAGAAAGACUUUCUGGGACUUUUAAUAAAUAUGGACAACUUAUAGCGAGAAAUCCUAUUUCAGCAAUAAUGUUUUCAAUUAUGCUAAAUGGGCUCUUGGCUAUAAAUAUUUUGUGGAUGAGGUUCAACAAUGAGUUGACAGUGUAUGCUCCAAGUAAUAGCCAGGCGUAUAAAGACAGCGCGUUGGUCAGAAAUUAUUUUCCCGAUUAUACUGGUACAAAUUUCUAUGAACAAAGCUUGCUUGACCUUGGCAGGUAUGGGAGUAUAAUAAUAAAAUCAAAAAACGAUGGAAAUUUAUUAAACGAAAUGUUUCAAUCAAAUAUACAAACAAUUAUUAAAACGGUAGAAGAAAUUUCAAUCGCCCAUGAAGAUCAAACGUAUUUAUAUCAAAGCUUGUGUGCACGUCGUAAUAAUACUUGUGUUGCCAGUCAUUCAGUAAUAUUUUCUGACUAUUUUUGGAAACAGGUUGCAUUCGGAAAUGUCACCUUUCCGGAAUUUGUAACAGAAGAUGGUAGGAAAGAACUUUUAGACCAAACACUUGGUGGUGUUUUAACAAAUGCAGAUGGACUUAUAAUAUCUGUUUUAGCUUUGAAAAUAAAUUUUUACCUAAGGCAAGACAGAUAUUUAAGUAAUGUGCUAGCAAAAAAGUGGGAACAGAAAUUCAUAGACAUAUUGCAGGGUUUUGUGUCCAAUGAAGACGAUAAAAAUAUAAGUAUUGCAUUUGCUAAUUCAGACUCUCUUGGCAAAGAACUAGAUGCCAAUACUGGUGGUGAUAUUAAAUAUUUUUCUUUAACGUUUACGUUGAUGAUUACAUACGCCUCUUUCGUGGCAGCUGGUGGUAACUGCGUAUCGAAUACUGGACAUUUAGGUCGUGCAGGAGUGGUUGCUAGUGGUUUGUCGAUAUUGGGCGCUUUGGGACUUGGUAGUGCUUUACAGGUUGAAUUUGUAAACAUCGUUGGAGUUAUGCCAUUUCUCAUUAUUGGUAUUGGUGUGGAUGAUAUGUUUAUUCUGAUGUCAGGACUUGCAUCUGCACCUAAAGACAAAUCAGCUGAGGAACGUGUUGGAAGAACUAUACAAUCAAGUGGAGUAGCUAUCACAAUCACAUCACUGACAAAUGUAACAGCGUUUGCUGCGGGGAUGUUGUCAACAUUUCAAAGCGUCCGAAAUUUCUGUUUUUACACUGGUUUGGCUGUGCUACUGUGUUAUGUCAAUCAGAUGACGUUUUUCCUAGGUUGUAUGAGCAUACAUGAACGAAGAGUUGCAGCUCUAAGACAUUGCAUAACAUGUCUCCCAACAAAAACAAAAGACGAAAUAAGUAAUGAAGGAGGAAGUUGUUUAAAAAAAGCAUGCUGUACUGGAUCGCAAACUUUCUCAAGGAGCGAGCAAGAAAGUUUUCUUCAGAAGUUUCCAUCUAUUGCAUUUCCAAAAUUAGUCUUAUGGCUUCCGUUUAAAAUAUUAGUAUUAGUAGCUUUUUUUGUCUAUUUGGGAUUCUCUACAUGGGGAGUUGUUCACUUAAGGCAGGGUCUCCUUCUUCGAAAUUUGGUGUCUAAAUCAUCAUAUUACCAUUCAUAUAGUAUCUGGGAUUUCGACCAUUUCCCUUCAACAUUUAUGAUUUCCUUGGUUUUUCCCUCAAAAAUUAAUUAUAAAUCAAGCAAAAUUCAAAAUGCAUUAAAAAAUAUAUUGACUGAAAUAAAAAAUGAUCACGACAUAAGUACUGAAAACGAAAUUAAUUGGCUAAGCUCAUAUACAUCAUCAAAUAUAUAUAACAAUUCUUCCGAGCAAUCAUUUUGCAUGAAUUUAAAGGUAUAUAUACAGAAUUCAGCGCUCUUAAAUGAUGUUAUAUUUAGUGAUAACUGUACAAUUUCCCAUUCUAGAGUCCACAUGAUAACAAAUGAUAUCAAAGAUUCAUAUAUGCAAGGACAGUUGAUGUUGAGGAUAAGAAAAAUUACUGAAAAAUUGGAUUUCAGAAUAAUUUCUUUCUCGCCUGCUUUUAUUUAUUUUGAGCAAUACGUCGCCGUUCUUCCGAAUACAAUACGGACUGUUGGUAUAGCAGCGGUUGUUGUUCUUAUUGUAACUAGUAUAUUCCUAUCAAACCCACUAGUGAUUGUGUUUGUUACCUUGUCAAUGGCAUUUAUUAUGCUGGGAAUUUUCGGUUUCAUGCAUUUAUGGGGACUAUCUUUAAGUGCAAUCACUAUGAUUCAUAUAAUAAUGAGUGUCGGAUUUUCUGUCGAUUAUACAACACAUAUGUGUCAUGCUUUUUUAAUCGUUGAUGGUGAAAACAGAAAUGAACGAGUAAAUGAAGCAUUCAUUCUGUCUGGUGGCCCAAUAUUUAAUGGGGCCAUGUCCUCCUUGGCUGGGGUAAUCAUGCUCGCAUUUUCUGAAUCUUACGUUUUUAUUUCUUUUUUUAAAGUAAUGGUUCUUGUGAUUUUGUUCGGUCUUGGCCAGGCAAUUUUUUUUCUACCUGUUAUUUUGUCACUAAUUGGGCCUAGCAAAACUUCGAUGCCUGAAAAGAAAACAAUAUUUACAAAAGAAAAACUUGCAAAUGUAAAUGACGGAUACUCUUCAAAUGACACCCGUAUAUAACAUAAAGAAGUUAUUAUAUCCACUUAUAAUAUUCAAUCAAUCUUAUGAAAAAUACCUUCUUUUGAAUCCUUGAACUAUAUCCUUUAUAUUGAUAUCAGGCUUCUUAGGUUCACAAUGCAAGUUGAUUGGUGAUUGAGACAUAACUGAUUACUCGAAUGAAAUAUAAUAUGUUUUAGUUAAUUUUUUUUUUAUCUUAGAAAAAUUUUGUAUACAUUUAUCAAUCAUAUUUUCCACAGAAGAUUGAUUUGUGAGGACAAUGAUGUACUUUGAUUAAUUAGAUCGUUGAAUAGUUAGGUUUUUCUUUUUGUAUGCACAUUUGACGUUAUGUUAUCGCUUUGUAUAGCUUUAAGAUUUCCUGAUUUUCUAGCUCUUUUCAACGAAUGAAUAAAGAACACAAUCUAUUGGAAAUAUUUCACGUCAUUCAUUCGAAAAGUGAAGCGUAGGCAUUACAUUUAUGAGCUAGUAUUCACACUUCAUCGGUGCUUUUCUUUUUUUAUAUAAAGUGUUUCUUUAAUUCUAUAUAUUUAUCUUAAAUUUAUGGAAAAUGGUUGAUAAUCUCCGUUAAAUCGAUUUCUG